AUGACACGGGUAGAAAGUCGAGACAAGUUGCCGCAGCCCGGACAGCCCGAUCCAUUGUCUCAUUGCAAAGAGAAGGAUGUUGAUGACUGCUGGUUCUACUUCACAUAUUCUGUCAACUCAAAUGGUGAAGCCAGUGUCCACGUGGUAGAGACCCCAGAAUGCCCCAGCGGCCCUGACAUCGUUCCCAUUGUAGCUGGUGUGGUUGCUGGAAUUGUUCUUAUUGGACUUGCAUUAUUAUUGAUUUGGAAACUACUAAUGAUCAUUCAUGACAGAAGAGAAUUUGCUAAAUUUGAAAAGGAGAAGAUGAAUGCCAAGUGGGAUACGGGUGAAAAUCCUAUUUACAAGAGUGCAGUGACAACUGUGGUCAAUCCUAAAUAUGAGGGAAAAUGAACACUGCUUGUAUAACUUCACAACACUGUAUGCAGCGUAGCAAUUUUUGUAGUCACAGUAAGAUAGAUUUAGGGCAAACUGCAGUGAUUUUACUAAUUCAUUACAUAUAGGUUUGUUUUCCUGUGCAGGUUUUGAAAAUGUACCAUAUGUAAUUUUUUAUUUUUAUCUUUUUUGCGAAUAAAAGUGAUCAGUGCCAGGGGUCUGACAAAAAACUUGAGAUUGUGUAGCCUAGUCAGCCAAGGUCACAUGGUGCCUUUCGGAGCUUUUCCACUCCUGUGCUGUGAAUCCAGGUCUUCUGCAGGGCGCGAUACUUCUGUGGCAGACUGGGAGGGACAUGGGUAAAGCAGUCAGCAUGAGGGCUCUGCCGAGCCAUUUAGUAUUAAACUUUUUAGCUUUACAGGGAAAUCAGGGCUUGAGUUUGCAGAUCUAAUUAAACUCACGUAGCAUGGAGCUAAUGGUUAAUUGGUCUUCUACUUGCUAGGCAUAUGAUUAAGUGUAUGGUAAGUUGAGCAAGUUGGAAGUGAACAGUGUAAAAGACUGAAAAGUGUGUGCAUACUUACUUUUAAUUUUUAAGUUGCUUAUUG